CCUCCCUCAACUCAGUUACUCUAGCCUCCCCCAGGUUAGUAGGUGUUAAUCUGGGGGCCUCUGGAUUCUACCUUAUCAGGUGUCAGCAACAGAAACAUGAGGGCCCAGAGCCUCCUCCUCCUGGUGGCCCUCCUGAGUUUGGGGAGCCAGUUACCUGCUGCCUUGGGCAGGAGGAAGGGAGAGAAGUCUGGGGGCUGCCCACCGGAUGACGGGCCCUGCCUCCUCUCGGUGCCUGACCAGUGUCUGCACGACAGCCAGUGUCCCUCAGGGAUGAAGUGCUGUCGCCAAGCGUGCUUCCUCCAGUGCGUGCGGAAGGUCUCAGUUAAGAUGGGCAGAUGCCCCGAGGACCGUCUGCGAUGCCUGAGCCCCGCGCAGCACCUCUGCUCCAAGGACUCUGACUGCCAGGGCCGCAAGCGGUGCUGCCUGGGUGCCUGCGGCCGGGACUGCAGAAACCCUGUCUGAGGCUAAUUCUGGCUUAGGAUCCAUAACUCUGAACCAUGGGAUGGGGUUCUCUGCAGGAAGAUAUGAAGAUGGGUGGGGUCUGGGACCCAGCAACCCAGAGAGAAGCUGCCCUGCCAGUGGAAAUUCCAACCUUAAUAAACUCUGUUCUAGAAGAAUUUUCCAAACGUCAAUCUGUUCACAAUGUUCGCCAUACCUGCAAAAUAGCAUCAUGAUAUUUUGUGUAUUGCCUGUACUCCUAUUGACCUAAUGUUUUUCUUCCAAGGGACUCACUUUUGUAUAAAAAUAAAUUUACUUGAAAAGAGAAACUGGAUAUCACUACUUUAAAUGGGAUAAACAGGGUCACUUCUCACAAACAGAAUAUAAGUGUAAAAGCAGAUGCAACUAAAGCAAUGAAGUUCCAUGUAAGUAAAUCAUGUCUGAUUAAAUGAUAUGAAAUAAUAAUAUUAGAUUCUGGCUAGAUACUGCCACCUCCCAGAACUGUGAGCCUGAAGCCUGCUCUCUGUCUCUGUUGUGAUAAAGGAUGAUUAACGAGGGUUAAAGAGACGUUAAAGACACAGACCUCUAAUCUGGGAUAUUCUUGCUGGUAUACUCAGGAUU